CCGGAACCGUUGCUUUCCGAGAACGGCUUCGGCCUUCAAACGAGGAAUAGAACAAGGGGGGAAGCUGCCAUGUAAAACCACGGUCGAGACUCGCUGCUCUCGCAUGAAACUCUGGAGUCUGGAGUGUUUAGGAAUCACAUCUACCCGGAGGCUAAACAAUGAAAUGUCUGUUAGCCGCCAGUCCCAAGUCAAAGGAUUGGGGCUCCUGCCGUUGACGCAAACAAAUGAUCGAAGAUUCUUUGACUUGGAACCAUCCUCUACGAGCGUUCUGCGCAUCACUUCUUGACUGUUGUAUGUACUUUAUGCUCGUGCUACGAACAUCGGACGUUCGGAACAGCAGUACCAGGUCCCAGGCUUCACUAGAAAAUAGGAAGUCCGAAACGAAGAAGCUGACAUUUGCAUCUCAGCCUCGGAGCCUAAGUUGGACUCCAAAGAAGGGCAGGGAAAGGGAGAGAAGGGAGGCACGUCGGCUAUGGCAAUUAGAGGGGCCCUUGGGGCCACUGCAUUGAGAGUUCGUUGUCCCAGUUUGGAGUGCACGAAAUGCAGCAGCAAUGCUGGCAGCAGUUCCUCGGGAAUCCGUCGGGGCAGGAGUCAUGGGCGAGUUUCUUUUUCUGCCAAGGAUGUGAGUGCAUUUGGCAGGAAUGCAAGUCUUCUGCCAGGUGGUGGGGUGGCUGUGGGAGAUGUGGGGGUUCGGAGUACACAACGACGGCGACCGCAGGGAAUUUAUGCGGAGGUGAAAGUGCAACUGGAGGCGAGUGGGAAAGAUACAGCUGAUUCUCUACCACUGACGAACAAAAUUUUGGAGCUUUUGAAGGAUGAUGGAGAUCCAGUUAAUUCUGCUUCCUCAGACUCUGGUGCUGUAGAUCGAGCUGAAUUUCUGGACGCAGCAAAGAAGGGUAAUCUAGUUCCUGUUUACCGAAGAAUCUUCUCUGAUCAGCUGACACCAGUCAUGGCGUACCGAAUUCUUGUAAAUGAAGAUGAGCGAGAUGCUCCCAGCUUCCUUUUCGAGUCUGUAGAGCAUGCGACUUAUGGGAGUAGUGUGGGCCGAUUCAGUAUGCUCGGGGCCCAACCAGCCAUGGAGAUUAUUGCCAAGGAGAAUAUUCUUACCAUUCUAAAUCACGAAGAUGGAUUUAGGGAGGAGAAGAUAGUGGAUGAUCCAAUGAAUGCUCCAUCGGAAAUCACAGAUCAAUGGAAACCUGUUAUGCUAGAUGGACUUCCAGAAGUGUUUUGUGGUGGUUGGGUUGGGUACUUUUCAUAUGACACAAUGCGAUAUGUAGAAAGGAAGAAGUUGCCCUUCAGUCAUGCUCCGGAGGACGACAGAGGUCUCCCCGAUAUUCACCUGAGUCUUUACAAAGACGUUGUCAUAUUUGAUCACGUUUCAAAGCUCGUGUAUGCCAUUCAUUGGGUGCAAACGGAUUCUGAGAAGUUCAAAACAGCAGAGGAUGCAUAUGAAAAUGGUAAAGCACAGCUUGCCCGCUUAGUAAAUCGUCUACAGAAUGGCCAAAGGCAAAAACUGUCGACCGGCGCCGUGGGCAUUAAGAUUGGUCACUAUUGGGACAACAAACAAGUUUCAAAUUUGACUGAGGAGGAAUAUAAAGCUAACAUUGUGAAAGCAAAGGAACACAUUUUGGCUGGUGAUAUUUUUCAAAUAGUUUUGAGUCAGAGAUUUGAGCGACGCACAUUCGCCGAUCCUUUCGAAGUGUACCGUGCUCUUCGAAUUGUCAAUCCUAGCCCAUACAUGAUUUACUUACAGGCUCGUGGAUCUAUAAUGGUGGGUGCCAGUCCGGAAAUUCUAACCAGAAUACAGAAGGGAAAGGUCGUCAACAGACCUUUGGCUGGGACCAGGAGAAGAGGGAAGACAGUGGAGGAGGAUUUGCAAUUAGAGGCAGAUUUACGACAAGAUAAGAAAGAGGUGGCAGAACACGUGAUGUUGGUAGAUUUAGGUCGAAAUGACGUGGGGAAGGUUUCUAAGCCUGGAUCAGUUAAAGUGGAUCGGCUUAUGGACGUGGAGCGUUAUUCUCAUGUUAUGCAUCUUAGCUCCACGGUAACUGGUGAACUUCUCGAUGAUAUGAAAAGCUGGGAUGCUCUACGUGCUGCACUGCCAGUUGGGACUGUGAGUGGAGCUCCUAAGGUCAGAGCAAUGGAGUUGAUUGAUGAGCUGGAGCCCACCCGACGUGGUCCGUACAGUGGGGGUAUCGGGCAUGUUUCAUUUAAUGGAGACAUGGACAUUGCUUUGGCCCUCAGAACUAUGAUUUUUCCCACUUUCGAUCGAUACAACACGCUGUACUCUCACAGUACAACCGCAGGGACAAAAAAUAGGCGAGAGUGGCAGGUGUAUUUACAAGCUGGAGCAGGAAUCGUGGCCGAUAGUAACCCUGAUUCCGAACACAGAGAGUGUAUUAACAAGGCUGCGGGCUUGUCCCGAGCUAUCGAUCUUGCGGAGUCAGCUUUCAUACAACAGUAAGUUUAUGAUCCUUUAGCGGUAGUUUAUUUGGGUUUUCAGGAUGAGUUAGGGAGUGUUGCCCAGAGUUAUCAUGACAGAGGAAAUACAUGUAGGAGGUUUUGCAGUGAAUCUGGUGUUUUAUAAUAACAAA